AUGAAGUAUGAAGUCGGGCCUAUGGGGUCGAUGGAUCAUCGUAGUGUCAAUUCUGUUGCAGAAGAUAUUGUAGAUAUACGAGUGGAUGACGCGCUCGGGCCAGAUGUUCGAGCAACACUGUUGAAAAAUUUGCACGUGGCUGCACGCGCCAAAGACGCGAUGGCGCCUUUGCCGAAGUCUAAGAAUCCAGCCGACGUCACGUCAAAGAGAAAGCACCAGAUCACAUAUCUUGCGAAUUUGGCUGUUGCGCGCGAAGAGGCGCUCCAGCAGCAAUGGGCCGAAAGCAAGCAAAUGAGGAGAAUGGGUCGACAAAAGUAUGGUUUCUAG